ACGGCGACGGGGACGGCGCCGGGCUCCCGCCGACGGCCACGAUGGGCGAGGCGGCGGCAAUCACGCCCGCGAUGCUGCGGGAGGAGGCGGCGCUGGAGGCGCAGGGCCGAGAGGAGGAGAGGCAGAUCCUGGAGAAGGCACGCAUGUCCUGGGACAGAGACUCUAGUGAAAUGCGCUACAAGAGGCUUCAACACUUACUUGAGAAAAGCAAUAUCUACUCAAAGUUUUUGCUAACUAAAAUGGAACAGCAGCAGCUGGAGGAACAACGGAAGAAAGAAAAGCUAGAGAAAAAGAAAGAGAUAUUAAAUGCUUCGACGAAUGAAAAACAAACUACUGGGAAAGAUGGCAAACAGGUUACGAAAAAGAAGAGAGCCAGAGAAGACAGAACAUACAACAUUUCUGAUGUCAUAUCGAAAGAGGAAAUCUUGUCAGCAGCAAAAAAAAGCAAAGUGGAAAAUGAUCAGAUUGGAAGCUCUCCUCCAAAGCUGUGUUCAGAUGGCCUGCAGAGCAAUGGGGACUCGAAUACAAUGAUUAAAGACAGAUUGGCCCAGGCAGUGCGCCAUGGCGCCAAGCACUUUAUUGACCCCGUACGAAAAUUUAAUGGGCAGCCGAUACCUUUUCAGCAACCGAAGCUCUUCACUGGGGGCGUAAUGAGGUGGUACCAGGUUGAAGGCAUGGAAUGGCUCAGGAUGCUGUGGGAAAAUGGCAUCAACGGCAUCUUGGCAGAUGAAAUGGGCUUAGGAAAGACAAUCCAGUGCAUUGCAACAGUAGCCUUGAUGGUGGAAAGGGGAGUUGCCGGGCCAUUCCUCAUCUGUGGGCCCCUCUCUACACUCCCUAACUGGGUGGCAGAAUUCAAAAGAUUUACUCCUGAGGUUCCUAUAAUGCUGUACCACGGGACCCAGCAAGAACGGCGUGUGUUGAUUCAUAAAAUCCGGAGGAGAGAAGGUUCCCUGAAUGUCCAUCCUGUGGUCAUUACCUCUUUUGAAAUAGUGAUGAGAGACAGAAAUUCCCUGCAGAACUUCUAUUGGAAAUACUUGAUUGUGGAUGAAGGACACAGGAUUAAGAAUAUGAAUUGUCGCCUUAUUCGGGAGUUAAAGCGGUUUAAUACUGACAAUAAACUUCUAUUAACUGGAACUCCGUUGCAAAACAACUUAUCCGAGCUUUGGUCGCUGCUUAAUUUCCUUCUUCCUGAUGUGUUUGAUGACUUGAAAAGCUUUGAGUCCUGGUUUGACAUAACCAGCAUUUCCGAGAUCGCUGCAGAUCUUGUCGCCAAGGAAAGGGAGCAGAACAUCCUGCACAUGCUGCACCAGAUUUUGACCCCUUUCUUACUGAGAAGACUGAAAUCAGAUGUGGCUAUGGAGGUUCCUCCUAAGCGUGAAGUCGUGGUCUAUGCGCCCCUUGUGAAGAAGCAAGAAACCUUCUACAGCGCCAUCGUGAACAAGACCAUCCAGAAGCUGCUGGGCAAUAACCAGGAAGAAGUUGUUGAGCUGAGCUGUACAGGUCGGCCAAAGCGACGCAGUCGGAAGGUGAUUAGUUACCGUGAACUUGGUGAGAAUGAUUUCCCUGACAGACUCGAAGAACUGAUCAGUAAAAUGCAAGAGGAAGUUGAAAAAGAGAGGCCAGUGAUAGAAAUGAACGUCCCUUUGGAUUCCGAAAUCAACCUGAAAAUGCAGAACAUUAUGAUGUUGCUGAGGAAGUGCUGCAAUCACCCGUACCUUAUCGAGUACCCGCUGGACUCUGCUACGCAGCAGUUUAAGGUUGACGAGGAUCUAGUGAAGAGUUCCGGCAAAUUUCUACUCCUGGAUCGCAUGCUCCCAGAACUGAAAAAGCGAGGACACAAGGUGCUACUCUUCUCACAGAUGACACGGAUGCUGGAUAUUUUGAUGGACUACUGCUACCUGAGGAAGUACCAGUUCAGUCGCCUAGAUGGAACCAUGUCCUAUGCCGAGAGAGAAGAAAACAUGCAUAACUUCAACACAGAUCCAGAGGUGUUUAUCUUUCUGGUGAGCACGCGGUCUGGAGGUCUUGGCAUUAAUUUGACUGCUGCAGAUACAGUCAUCAUCUAUGACAGUGACUGGAACCCUCAGUCGGACCUUCAGGCCCAAGACCGGUGCCAUAGAAUUGGUCAGACAAAACCAGUUGUUGUCUAUCGCUUUGUAACGGCAAACACCAUUGACCAGAAGAUUGUAGAGCGAGCUGCAGCCAAACGGAAGCUAGAGAAGCUAAUUAUCCACAAAAAUCAGUUUAAAGGUGGGAAAUUUGGAGUAAACCAGUCGAAGAGCUGCUUGGACCCCAAGGAGUUAAUGGAAUUGCUGCGAUCCAGGGACUACGACAGAGAGAUUAAAGGAUCAAGAGAGAAAGUCAUAAGUGACAAGGAUUUAGAGUUACUCCUGGACAGAAGUGACCUUAUCAACCAAAUGAAAACCUCUAAGGAACUUAAAGAAGAAAGGGGAAUAUUCAAGAUAGUAGAAAAUUCUGAAGAUCCAGAAAGCGAGUUUUGAAAUCUGGCCAGCUUGCCCUUGUCACCUGAACACAGACAGCUUCAUGGGAGUUACUGUAUCUCUGUCUCAGAAUUCAAACACUGGUUCCAAGCCCUGUUUUUCUCAAGAGAUAAAAAAAAUGUGACAUGGCUAAGUAUACAUUUGAGGGCUUUUAGAUCCUCUUUUUGAUACCAGACAUAUUUUUUAUAUUUUUCCAGACUUUAUAUAGCAGCUAGCUAUAUAAUUUGUACAGUUUUCUGUAGAAGUUCUGCAAAAUACCUUUUUAAAAAGAUAUUUUGACUUCUUGCCUUUAUUGUGGUUUUAUUCAGACAGAGAAAAAUGCUCUGUGCUUGUUUACAAACUCAAAUUGUACGGCUUUACUUGUUGGUAACUUUACUAAAUAAAUUCUGUAUGGUAUUA